UCGUUUCGCUUUUGAAUCGUCCCAUUCCAUCCACUGUGGUGCUCUAGGGUUUUUCUCUGCCGACGAAUCGAGGAACACCCACCAACUACUGAUGUCUCCGUCUCCUGCUCUCUACUCCGGCGCCAGCACUCUUGCUCUGGUGGCUCGCGCUUCGGCUUUCGGCUUGGGUCUCGUCUACGGGAAUGUAAAGCUCAAGAUUUUGAAGAUACAAACGAAGUCACACAAGAAGGCUGAAGCCGGUGCUCAUCAUUAAAUUGCUCAUACCUUUGGAAUAAAUCUCAGCAUGCAGAUGUUGAUUCUGAAGCCCUUCUGGUGAAACUUCUAGAUUCUCUUUUUUAGCAAAAAAAAAAGUCUAUUUAAAUGCAUCUUGUGAUUCUCUUUUAACUGUGUUUGGAACCAAAAUUGGUCAUGGUUUAGAGCAACUUGAUUUUUGGUGCAAUCGGAUAACAUGGUAUAUUUUCCAUCUUAAUUUUCUGCAACUGCA